AUGUUUGACCACUUGGCCAUGUUGGUUUUGUGUGCUCUGGCACUCAGCCUGGUCGCGUUCUCGCAUUUGGCGCUCGCGUGCGACUACACGGUCUCGCCGACGACCAACUCGCUCUCAUCGCUUCGGUCUCAUCUGUCAUCGGUGGGAGUGACGCUCAAGACCUUCUCCCAUACCGUUUGCUUUGCAGGCGGCAACUAUGGCCAGAGCGGAACUUGUUCGGUCCCAUCGCUUGUCGUCUCGUCGCUCUCGCCGCACAUCAAGUUCACCGCGUCGAACCCGGCGGAGCCGCCGAUCUUCACUUGCGCCAGCCCGUCCGGGACGCGUCCUACUUCGGCUGGGCCGCUCUUUGACCUCCGCACCGGCCGCGCGAACCAGCGGUUCACACUCGAACACAUGGUGUUUGUCAAUGCCUCGUUCGAGUCAUACGUCUUCGAACUCGAUGCUCGCGAUGAGAACGCAGAGCUUGUGCUGGCCGACGUAUCGACUGCAGCCUUUGGAGCUGCAUCCCUCGUCCACGCUCACGCCCCGACAAGCUCGGGGGACGGCAUGACCGUUGCCCUCAAUCGCGUCACCAUUGCUGAUUGGGUUCACAACAUGACGACAACCUCAUCCAUUGUGGCGGUCUCGGCGGCAUCAAGCUUCACAGCCACUACCACCGCCAUCACCGACCUCGCCAUCACGCACGCAACCACUGGCGUCUCGCUCAUCUCAGUCGAGUCAGCCGGCCCGUCCGCGACCUGCUCGCUCGCCGUCUUGCGCGCGAGUAUCGCAGAUGCCAUCGGCGGAGCCGUCGGAGGCGCCGUCCGCGUUGUCGGGUGUGAUGCGAGCUUUGACGAGCUGGUCACAACCCGCGUGUAUGCGUCGGCCAGCGGCGGGUGCUUAGCAUCGCUGGCACCUGGCGGUGGAUCGCGGACGCUCACGCUUGCCAACACGCACCUGCUUGACUGUCAUGCCCCGGGCUUCGGUGGUGGCGUUUACUCAGAGGCCGCGUCCACCAGCCUCGAUGCCACGAUUGUGGCCAACUGCAGCGCCAGCUUUGGUGGCGGCGUGGCGGUCGGUCCUGGUGUGGAUCUCUCGGGCACCGAUUCCUGCGUUGAGGGCAACUCGGCAGAGAUUGGUGGCGGGCUCUUUCUCCCGGCGUCGAGCUCGAUCUCGCUCGACAGCUGGCGGGUGGCAGCCAACACAGCGGUCAAUGGCUCGGCGAUAUACGCCGCCGGCGCAAGCCCGGCCUCGAGCUUGAUCGACACGCUUGUCACGGGCAACCAAGUAACGUAUACGUCGUCGGCCGCCAUCCACCUUGUGGAUCACGUGCUCAGCUUUACCAACUCCUCCGUCUGCCUCAACAAUGGGCCGGGCUGCGAAAUCAACGUCGUGUGCGACGGCAGCAGCGGCGCGCCCGGCCUUGGCUACGGAUGCGGACUCGGUGGUGGUUGCAGCCAUGGCGAGCAUGUAUGCUCACUCUCGGUUCUCGCCGACACGUGCACAGGCCCGUGUCAUGACGGAUGGUUCGGUGCAUCGUGCAACGAGCGCCCGCUUUGCGCCAACUUGGCGGCCGACAACGGGACGUGCAGCUCCCCGGCGAUGGGGUGUGAGGCAUGCGUCUCUGGCGCCGCACGGACCGACGAUGGUGACGGCUGCUGGCACUGUCCACCUUUCCGGUACUUUGUGGCCGAAAAUGUGCCUUGUGGUGUGUGCUCUGGAUCGUGCGCGUCGUGUACGGGAACGAGCACCAACUGCACGUCAUGCGCGCCGCCGUUGAUGCUUGUGUCUGAUGGCGGCAACUCGACCAGCUGGAGCUGCGCGCUGCCGCCUCCGCCUCCGCCGUCACCGCCACCGCCGUCUCCCUCGCCGCCGCCGCCUUUCCCGCCGCCGCCAUCACCACCGCCGUCACCGCCGCCUUCACCGUCGCCUCCGUCACCUCCGCCGCCUCCGCUUCCGCCUUCGCCGCCUCCGCCGCCGUGCGCGCCGCCGGCUGCCCUCGACGACUGCGGUGUGUGCUCGGGCUCGGGAUCCGGUCGGUUCCCCAACACCGACAAGGACGUGUGCGGCGUGUGCUUUGGCGGCGGCAGCGAUGUCGAUGCAUGCGGUGUGUGCUUUGGCUCCAAUGCGUGCGUCGAUGGCUGCGGAGUGCCGUGGGGUGACAACUCGACGUGCGCAGGCUGCGAUGGCAUUCCGUACUCGGGCAUAAUCGUGGACGUGUGCGGCGAGUGCGGCGGCGAUUCGAGUUCGUGCCUUGGCUGUGAUGGAGUGCCGAUCCCAGCCGGCGGAGCGCACUUUGAUGCCUGCGGCGUGUGUGGCGGCCCGGCUACCGGUGUCUGCUUGCAGUCAUGCGACAACUCAUCGGCGACGAUGGUCUCCUUUGAUUGCAACGGUGCAUGCAAUGGAACGGCUUUCAUCGACGACUGUGGCGUAUGCGUGGGCGGGACAACAGGGCGGACGCCCAAUGGCCAUCGCGACAGCUGCGGCUCGUGCUUUACCCGAUGCGAGGGGUGCGCCAAUGCCACCCAGUCUGUCGAUUCAUGUGGUCUGUGUGGUGGCGACGGUCUCUCGUGCCGCGGAUGCGAUGGCGCCGGCUCGGUUGUUGAUGCCUGUGCGAUCAUCGACGACUGUGGGAUGUGCACCGGCGGAACCACCGGAAAGGUUCCCAACAUCUUUCUCGACUCGUGCGGGGUGUGCUUUGGCGGCAAUGUCGCUCGCGAUGGCUGCGGCAUCUGCUUUGGCGGCGACGCCGAUCGAGACGACUGUGGCGUCUGCUUUGGCGACAACGCUGCCAAGGAUGCGUGCGGCGUCUGCUUUGGCGGUAACGCGCUGCAGGACGCAUGCGGGGUUUGCUACGGCAAUCGGACUCGCUGCGCCGGCUGCGACGGCGUUCCGAACUCGGGCUUGACGUUUGAUGACUGCGGUGUGUGCGGCGGAGAUGGUGUGUCGUGCAUUGUGCCCCAAGGCGCAGACAUGAUGGCAACGUUGACAGGGACCACAUCGGUGACGGUUUUCUCCUUGGUCUGCGCCGCUGGCCUCAUUUUCCUCUUCGUUGGCCUCUCAUGCCGGCGGCGGCGGCUACAACGCAACUACCUCCGCGACCGCGCAGCGCGCGAAGAUGCGCAUGCGCCAAAGGGCGAAAUCGCGAUACUCAUCUCGGACGUCAUGUCAUCAACAGCGCUGUGGGAGGCGUACCCCAUCGAGAUGGUCGACGCUAUCGACGCGCACAACGCCGUGUUCCGCGCCAAGAUUGCCGACCAUGGCGGAUACGUGGUGCGGACCGAAGGCGACUCGUUUGUGGUUGCCUUUCAAGCUCCGGUCGAUGCGGUAUGCGCGGCGGCGGCGAUCCAGCAUGCACUACUGGAGAUUUCUUGGCCGCGGGCCAUUCUUGGGAGCGAUAUUGUAGCAUCGGAUCCGGAUGAUGCCCCCGAUACGGUUUGGCGCGGACUGCGCGUGCGGAUGGGCGUGGCGGUGUGCUCGCCAACGCGCGAGUUUGAGCGGCGAACGCUGAGGUUUACGUACUCGGGCAAUGCCAUGACGUACGCACAGACGAUUGGCGACUGUGGAUCAGGUGGCCAAGUGGUGCUUGACAAGCUGGCGGCGGCGAGCGUGGCAUCGGACAUUGUGGUCCGGCUCGGUGUCUUUGCCACGCCGCUUGCGCAUCGAUACGAACUGUAUGAGCUGCGCGAGGGCGUGCUGGCGCUCCGCGAUCAUCCGCCGGAACUGCGCGGCCUCGUGCGCAUCGACUCGGGUCGACUGCGGUCGGUGCGAACCGAGGCUCUAGAUCUGGUCGAGAGCUGGACAGACGGCGCUACGCGGAAGGAGCUGGAAUCAGAUCCCAAGCUGACGCUGUACUCGCUGGCGGCCUCGCUCUCCCGCUUUGACGGUCACCGGCCCAAGCCCGAGGUGAUGGCCCCGGGUGCAGCUGCGGUCGCCACGCUCUCAACGUCGUCGUCGGAGCUGUCAAGCUGCAAUGGGGGCGAGGUAGAGAGUUUCAAGUUCCGGAUCCAGCCGAGUGCGGCCAUCAAGUCGUCACGCCGGGCGACCAUCGCCAAUGGAUCGGAAUCGGUGGCGGCGGCGAGCUCGAUGUCGCAGGCUAAGCACAGCGAGUCACUCUCGUCGCUUCGGGGUACUGGCGGGCGCCGAAAUGGAGGGCGGAGGCGGCGGCGGCGCAAGAGCCGCAAGGUGGUGCCGUCCAGCACGCUCUCGACAUCAAGUCAGACAGCAUCGUUCACAGAGACCACCAACAACAGCGUGGUUCUGCCGACCAUCUCGGAGAACUCGAGCGAUGUCGGGACGGAUGCCACGGCGCAAGUGUUGUCGAACAUGGGUUCGUCACUUGCAUCGUUCUCGGUCUUUGGCUCGCUAGCCGAGCUUGACGACGUACUGCCGGCUAUCGAUCCGCGCGACGCAUCGAUGCCGGCGCGGACAAACCUCCCUCCCGUCGACUUGGACCUUGUCGUUGCCGCAGAGGACUUUGCGCGAUCGGCGUCGAUGGCGCCGAUGGCGUAUGGCGGCAGAAAGAAGAGCAGCGAUCUCUCGCUCAACGUUCCAACAAUGUCGAAUGUUAAGCGGCGGAGGCGCAAGACCCAUGCUGGCAGCUCGCGCUCUCAACGAGUCUCGCGGAACCGGAUCGAGAUGGGCACGCCUGCCCAGGUCGGCAUGUCGAGGCAGAGCAAGCCGCUCGCGCGCGUCGUCCACAAGAUGCGCAAGCGGGCUAGGGACGGGGAAGGCGGGGCUUUUGCCGAGUUUGAGGAGAACAUCGAAGCAGUCAAAGUGGUUGAGGUGGACGAAGACGCGGUGGCCUUGGAGCAGAGGCAGAAGCGCCAGCGGAAGCUGAACGGCCGGGGCGAGACAGCUCGCAGGGUUGCAGGCGGGACGGGCGAAGCGACCCGAUGGGAGGAGACGGGCGGGAUGGGCAUGCUGGGAUCUGAUCGGGGGAGGGUGGCGGAGUGGCUGGAGGGAUUGGAUAGCAAUUAUGCGGCAUACCUUGAUGAUGAUGGCUUUGUGGGCGAGGUCGAGGCGUGGCUGUGGCGGGCGCGGCGCGAGGAUGUGCGGGUGGGGCUCGGAAUGGAGCGGAGAGUGGACGGCGUUGCGCAUCGGCGGCGGGUGGUGGUGUAUGAUUUGGAAACGACAGGGCUUGGCGCCGGGGCGAACGUGGUGGAGAUUGGGGCGGUUGAGCUACUGGAUGGGGCAGUGAGCGGGGCGUACUUUCAUGCGCUCUGCCGGCCGCCGUCGAGAAUCUCGCACGGCGCAGCAUGCAUCCAUGGCAUCACCGAUGAGAUGGUGGCAGAAGCCAAGCCAAUGGAGCUGUUUUAG